AUUGGGUAAUUUGAGAGGCUGAACAUGGCGCAAGAAAACAAAUACACACUUUCAGAAACAACAUAAGUUGUUACUGCAUUAAACUGUAAACCAGUCUGAAUAAACUACCACCCUUAACAACUUUAAGUUGUGAGAUUGCAGACAUGAUGGAUGUAAGGUAGACCUGUUAUGGAUCCAAACCAAUGGAGAAAUCAAGCAUAUAACUCACUAGUACAAGGAUUUCCCACAUUUGAUCCAUACAUAUCUACUGAACAAACAGUUGGAGACUUGUCACCCCAUGCUGGGACAAGACCAGUACCAGGUCUUUCUGGCUCAUCCACAGUAUUUACAGGACCAUUUAAACCAACAGCAUUAACUCCACUUGAAUUUGAGGGAGUUCGACAAAGAGAGCCUGAUAAUUUUGGGCUAGAUUUAUCACCUCCAAAACCAUUAUUUGCACAAGACAGAAAUCAUAGUUGGAGACAGCCUAAUUUAGCUCAGACUUCACAAAGCUUAAUUGGAGGUUUACCAACAGAUUUUUCUUCCCUGGGUCAGCGCUUUUUACCACCACCAGCACAUUGUGGAAUUUCCAGCCUCCAUCAAAGUACUAUUCAGGAAGGUCCAACACAAAAUAACCUUAUAAAUUCCCCACUUUCACCCACAUUUAAUUCUCAAUUUUCAGAGAGAUCAGAUACUUUUGAAAGAACCUCACAACAUCUACAACAGGAACAAAGUGACAUUUUGAAUUCUAGGAGGGAACAGUUGUUAAGAUCAUCAGUAGGAAACUUUACAUAUCCUUUACCUACUUCACAACCUUAUCUAGAUAGUGUUAAACAUGAUACACAAUUUGAACAAGUGAGACCAACUGUGUCAUUAUCUGACCACAGGGGAGACAAUUACAAUCAAUAUUUUUCAACAGGAAGCUCCUUUAGAAAUCCAGAACAUUUGUCUUUUCCAGGUUCAAAUUCACUACACCAACAAAGUUUUAGUACUGAUCAAAGAAUAGUUUCUACAGAUCCUCAACAAAAUACCUACAACUCACAAAGAAUAUUGGUCUCCGAAGAGAAUUCAGAUUCUUUUACUUCUAAUCGAGGCCCAGUGACGAUUCAAGCAGUAGCCGAUUCUACAACAAAACCAAAAAAGGGACGAGGUCGGAAAAAGAAAGAAACUAUAAUAGAAGAAACAAAAUCUACCGACGAGAAGAAAUUAGUUGACUCUUUUAUUCAGCAAGAACAACAAUUAAAGGUUUUCUCACAGAAAGGAGGUCAGGAAAAUCUGUAUAAGCAAAGUCAAUUAUUAAUGUCAGGUAACAUUUAUGGACAGAAUUACGGAAGCAAUAACCAAAGCUUAAGUCAUUUCAGUAUGCAGAGCUCACAAAUUUCAAGUUCAAAACUGCCAGAUAUGUCUCAGGGUCAGCUAAUAUCUCAUUCCCAAAAUAUGAUGGGUGCUGGAUAUUCCCAAAGUCCCCCUAAACACUCUACACAGGCGCAUGGAGGUUAUGAUUUUGCUGCAAGUGGGACCAUGAUGGAAAAUUUAGGACAGAGAAAUAUAAACAAUGAUACAUAUAGAAAUUCUACUGUUCGAAAUGAAAACUUUAACCCCCAAGGUAUUGCUUCAUCUAGAAAUAAUUUCAUGUCCUCAAACAAUCAACAUGGAUUCAGUGAAGGAAAUACUCCAAUGCAAAAUCCACAUGAACAAAAUAGGAUUCUGGAUAAUAAUCAGUAUUCCUAUGAAGGUGCUCCAAAUCAAUCUUCUUUUGUGGCUCAGUUAAAUUCGAGUGAAUUUGAUGCAUUAGAAAUGGAUCAAGGAGUAUAUUCAGGAAAUGGUAACCUUUGUAAUUUAGACACAUUUAAUUCAUAUGGUCAAAAUUUGACACAACAAAAUUAUUGUGCAAAUCCACAAAGUAAUCCAUCAUCCACUGUGGAUGAAGCAGCAUUGUCAAGUCUUAUUAGUGAUAAUCCUCAUGUAGAGCAGCAAAAUCUACGUGGGAGACUGUUUGAAGGAUUUUCAGAUGAUUUUUCACAAAAUAAACCAUUUAUAGCAGAACCAGCUUUGCCACCAAGUGCAGUAAUAAAUCCAGUAGAAGAGGAUGAUGAAUUUCAGCAUUUAAAAAAACCACCAGUUACAGAGAAAACAACCAAUGAACAAACACAAGUACCAAAAGUUCAACCUCAGGGUCAAGUUAAAGUUGAUCCUCCUCAGCCUCAAAAACCUGUAGAAAAACAAACACCUGCUAAAAGUAAUAAAAAUAAUGCAUUUAUGGACUCGUUUUUAAGUUUCAUUCAAGGAAAGAAACCAGAGACAUUAUCUAGUGUAAAUACUGCUGUUACCAAAAAACCGCAACUUCCUAAAUAUAUCCCUGAACCAAAACGUCCACGUCAGACUUCAGUAGAAAAAAGUAGUGAUAGUGCCGCUAGCACACCUAAACCAGACACUGACAAUAAAUCUGAUUCUAAUUCUCUAUCAAAUGGAGAUACAUCUAGUAUGUCUAGUUCUAAAACCAAAAUGUCAGAUGAUGAUGAAGCGAGUACUGGAUUAACUGGUACUGUAAAAAAUAUUGACACUGGUGACAAAGAACAUCCUACUAUAAAAAUGAGGAUAAAGUUACAAAAAACACCUCCAAAACAAAAGAGGUCAAAGACAUCUGGGAAGUCAAUAGUCAAACAAAAACGUUCCAGAAGUUACAGAGGAAGUGAUGAAGAUCAUGAGCGUUCUUCUGGGGAAGAAUAUCAGGUUGGGUCUUCACAAGAAGAAGAAGAAGAAAGGGAGAGAACUCCUUCCCCUGUUGUACCAGCUAGAAGAACUUCAGCAAGGAAAGCUAAAGAAAUAGCUCAACAGAAAAAAUAUAAAGACAGUGAAAGUGAUAUGGAAGAAGAUAAAGUUCCUGAGACCUACGAUUCUGACUCAGAUCCAGCAUGGACACCAGUUGCCGAUGAAAAAAAAGAGCCUACAUUUGAUGGAGACUUAGGUAGUUCACAGAGAAGAGGUCGUUCAAGAAAUACAAAAAUCAAACCAAAACUAAAACGACCAUCAAAAGCAGCAAAACCUAUACCUGCUAAAUCACCAAGGGUGGAAAGAGUUUCAUAUCCCAGAGUUCCUAGUCCAGAAAUGGAAUCAUCAUCAGAAGAUACAGACGAGGAAAAUACAACAGCAUCACCAGCACUUGUGAUGGGUGCAUUUGUCAUUAAUAAAAAAGAUCUCAACAAUUUUGAAGGAUUUCCUAUCUGGAAAAUUGAAGCUGGUAAAAUGAUGAGAAAAUAUGAAUUAUAUGUUGAGAAAGGAGAAAUCUUACAUAGAUCCUUAUCAACAUAUUCCAGUUGGCUACCAAAUAUGGAGAAGAACUAUGUAUCUGUGAGAACUAAACAGAUUCCUCAUACUCGUGCCACAGUUAAAGAUAGUCAAUAUAUUGUUCAGGUCUUAGAAGAGGAUCGUCCUAAACCAAAACUAGAUUCAGGUAAAGAGACAGAAUAUGAGAAAGAUCCUUUAGCGGACAUGUUUAAUGUCUUUAUGCAAGUUUUCCUAAGUCAGGCAAUGGAGCCAACUUUUCUUGAAGCAAUACAUGAAAGUGGUGAUGAUUUCUAUCUGAAACCAUUGAAAAAGAUUGAUGAUAUCAUAUCUAAAAAGCUGAUAGAAAUUAACAGUAAAGUCAGAUGGAUGAUUGAUUUUAAGAAAACUGCUGAGAAGAGACCUCACAUCAGAGAAGUGGACAGACCUAACCUCAAAACUCUGUGUCAGGCUACAGAGAAUGCCACACAGAAUGCCAUAAAGUCUGUGCACUUGUUUGGUCAACCUUAUGAUAGAACCACGUUGAAGGAAAUUCCAGAUAAUACAGCUCAGCAAGGCAGUGUGGAAUACCUGUUAGGAAAAUCAGCAUCACAUUACAUAGGUGCCUACCAUAGUCUUCAUCAUUUCAAGUAUAACCUGUAUAAAAGGUGCUUAGCUAAGGUUGAUAUAGUCAGAGAAGGAAACACAAAAUUAGAUAAUGCUGAAAUCCUAGAUAAAUGUUUAAAUAAUAGAACAUGGGUGCUAAAGAUAUUUGAUGACUUAAAGAAUAUGUUAGAAAAAGGAUGAACAAGAUUUAUAAUAGCAUUUCUACAAAACAAUCAAUAAAUUCAUCAUAGUGUUGUGAGAGAUAGUGAUCUGAUGUUUAUGUGUGAUUUGGUGAAUACUGAGUACUAGUGCUCGAUGUAUGUCUGCUGUCAGAAUAGAAUUUAAUGGAUUAAAUAUAUAUGUGCUGUUAUAAUUUGAAUUUAACUAAGCCAAUAUUGUUAUUGAUAUGUUGAGAAUGGGCACAAAUCUAUGAUUUAGUUGUAAAAUUUAUUUAUUGUUGAAAAGAUCAUUUCAUGGUUUGUUUAAACUAAAAGAGAUGAGGAGAUGAAUCCUCUAUAAGAUUGUGUUUUAUUUGUUUCAAAAAAUAGACCAGUAAACAUAUGUUGUUGUACCACAUCUCCUAAUGUCUACUAUUAAGAUCAAAAUCACCAGAGCCAUCAGCGAAUUUAUUUACAAAAUAUUCACUAAAAAACUGUUGAUUCAAAUAAAUUUUUAUACAAUAAUAUGACAUACUAUAAUUUCAUGUUUGAUUUGUUGAAUGGAUAUUUUGUUUAUUGUUAUGAAAUGAUAAGUGACAUACAAGUGUUGUUAAUGAAUGGUAAUGAUAGAGACUGAGUUCUGUAGCUUGUUAAUUAAGUUCUUCAUUUCAAACAAAUCAGGUGAAUAAAAUUGUUUUUGUAUUUCAAAAUUAGGUAAGCAAUCUUAGAUUUGGAAAUAAUCGCUUUCCCUUUAUUUAAUUUGUUGUAAUCAGUUUAAUUGUAAUGAUUGAUUUUUUUUCAAUUCAUUCAUUUUGUCUACUAAUACAUUCAGAACUACCCAGGGAUUUGAAAUGAAUAAGUUGUAAAUUGCAAGUUUUUAAAUUCAGUUUUAUUAGAAAACCCAGUUUCAGUGCCAUAUAUUUUUUUUAACAAACACAAUGACGUUGGAUUUGAAAAGGAUAGCUAUCCAUAAAUCUGGUUUUAUAAUUUGUUAUGUGUCACCUCUCCUUAUUUUAAAAAUACCUGCCUAUGAGAGGGAUUUAAGUGUGCCUUUCUUUUAUUCAGUGGUUUAAACAGAUAGAAUCACUAAGAAAGGUUGUGCUUUGUAGCUUUAUUUUCAUUAUGUGUAUGUUUUUUUGGGGGAAAUGUGCCAUAUAUAUCUUUGUCACUAAUUAAGAUGCAUUCAUAUGUCAUUAUUCAAUUCAAUUACAUCAGAUUAUUUAUGAAACAGAAGUGUGUGAUUUAAUUUAUCCCACAUUGUGUGCCAGAUAUGUUUCAAAGAAACUGUCUAAUAAUAGGUAAAUACAUAUAAAAUUUUAUUGAAACUAUCACAACAUGUUUUGUUAUGAGUCAAUCUAGAAUUCUUUUAUAAAAAAUUUAUACCUGAAAAUUGAAAAAAGCAGAAAAAGGUGCUUCCAUUUUUACAAUACUGACAUUCAGAAGGACAUUUAUAGGUCAAUGAGCAUUUCUGAAAACUUUUAAAACAUUGUUAUUCAAAACUUUUAAUGUAUGGUGUUCUGAAUUUUUAUUAACCAUUAGUUUUUAACACAACAUCAAGUUAUAAUGUUACAUGACUGUCAUCCAAUGUUAACAACUACUGGUUUCUGAAAUUUUGGGGGUAUAGAACCUAACAAUAUUUUGAUGUUCAAACAUGAUAGAUUGCAGGUUAUGUAGUCCAAGACCAAAAUGUAGUUGUAUUCAGCAAGUUUGUCAUAUCUCACAAAAAUCUCUAUAUUUGGUCUACUUGGGUAUAAAUGUCAAUGCAUUAUCUAAAAAAGGUUGACAACAAUUAUUCUAUUUCACUCUCUUACAUGUCUUUUCAUCAACUUGAAACACUUUUUGUCUUGCAACAAUGGACUUAAUAUUUGGGACCAAAUAUGGCCUUACUGAACAUACUCCUUUAUUGAAAAUAGUAUUUCUGAUAUGUGGUUGUACUUCAACAAGAACUAGGUCAUUUUGUUAAAGUUAUUUUCGAAUUUUUAACUGUUAUAUCAAUUGUCAUUAUCACACUAGUUAACACUAUCCUAUGUCAAAUCAUUUACCUUAUGUCAGUCUGAAAUGGACACAUGAUAACUUUUUAACACAAAAAAGGAAUCCAGCAACACACUCAACUAUCUCAGCGUUAUAAAAUGUUAUAACUUUUUAUAAUGUGGAUGAAACUUUGAUGAGUUGGAGAAAAAUAUUUGACUCAGAAAUGCAUUUAGCUCUUUUCACAAAAUAUUUUUUCUGUAGAUACUAAACUUUGGCCAAAAAAGAAUGAAAAUUGAAAUAAAGUUGGUUUAAUUACUGCAUUAUUGUAUCGAUAAAAAAUGUCUGUAUUUUAUAUGCUUUAUAAUAAAGCUAUUUUUUGUGGUUGUACAAAUUGACAGUAGGUAGCAGUUACAGUUUCAUUUAGUUUUGCUACUUGUGUUUACUGAAAUUUUUUUCAGGUAACAUUUUAAUACUUUUCAUUUCAUUUCAUUUAUGAUUAGAAUUUUUACCAAUAUACAUUUAGUUACUAUUGAACCAUUGCAUUCGUACCUAUAUCAGAUUUAUUGAUGUACAGAAUACUGUUUUAGUAAAAAGUUGAAAAAAAAAUCUAAUCUUUUUAUUGCCUUAUUGUUAUUGUUAACUGGUGAGCUGAUUAACCAUCUGAAGGACUGAAUAUGGAAUAGUUAAAAGGAUAACCCAAACUUGUCUUUCAAUUUUAAUAGAUUUAAUAUAAAUGUGUAUUCAAGGUUACCGCUGGGUCAAUUU